AUGCGGCGUUUAUUCGAGGAUUACAAAAACACUCGGUACAACUGGUAGUCUACACUGGCCCUAACCACAUGUUGCUCCAAAAUGUCGAAAAAGGUGCUUGAAGUUGCUUGAAUUUUACAAAAAGUUGCUUCUUAAGUAAAAUCGAAAUGACAUGAGUGACAGCCAUUUUCGCGUUUUUAAGACAAACGCCGCUAGUGAAUUACAAUAAUGCAAUUCAAAACUACUUGCUUCUUUGCCCUGUUUGUAAACACAACUGCUACAGGUGACAUUCAAACGUACAACUGUGGAAUGUCUUUCGUUUUCCUGCGCAAUAAGAGUACUUAAUUAAGUGAUUUUACUUUACACGUGAUUGCCGAGAAAUAGUUCAUGACAAUUAUAUAACACCAAAUAGUUACAAUAAAGGAAAAAAAUUCGUAAUGGUCGCAUAAAUCAGUCAGUAUCGUGUGAAAAAGAAUGCUGUGAGUCGAAAUUCCUUCAUGAGAUCCGUAUCUUUGUUCUCUUUGGUUUUCUAGCUAUUGCAGCGUUUUCAGGCUUACUUAGAUUUGCAUCGAGCUUUUUGGCUUCGCUGAUAGUAGUCAGAGUUAGAGAGUUAGAAUUUUCUUUCUCUAAACUAACUGAAGAUUCAAUGUUUGCCAUCAUUUUGAAAAAGGCACGAACGGCUGACCCCAAAUCGCGGGUAGUGUAACUGAGAAGCAGGGGUGGGUGUUAGGUGGCUGAGGGGUGGGGGAUGGGGCACAAAUUUCGAUUUUCACGUUGUUAAAUGAUAUCUAUAAUUAUAACAUUAAAGAACUGAAAUGUUCUUAUAAGGAUAUAUAACAAGGCUUAAACAGUAUCAUAGGACUGUUUAAUUGCCUUAUGUUGCUUAAAAUUUAAUCAAGUUGCCCCAAAAACUAAAUGUUUCUCCAAAAAGUUGCCGAGCAACUUGUGGCUAGGGCUAGUCUACACCAUCCAGACUACUACAAUUCUAUCUUAAAAUUAAGAAACACCACGGCUUUUUUUAUAGGGUAUAUCACGCUGGUUCCUACAUGCUUGUUCUUAUAGUCAACGAGACAUUUCAUGGCUUUAGAUUCUGGUCAAAACACAGCCGGUAUAUAGUCCCGGAUUACUAAAUUUUGACUAAGAUUUAUCGGAUCAUUAUACGUCUCUGGCCAUGGGAAACUGCCCACCUACCCCUCCCCUAAAGUGAAAUGUCCUCCUUCACCGUAGGAUAGGAUAUAUAUUCACGAUUCGCUUUUUUUUCAGUCUGCGUAAAAGACAUAAAUGUCUGUUUUUUUACACCUCUUUUGUGCCUUGCAAUAAGGAAUGCAACAUAAAAAGUUUCUCUUAGCCACUUUUCCAGUGCAUGUAACUUUUAUCGGUAUAGAAGUGACUAAGUUUUUACUUUGACUGUUUUUUAUACAUGUAGCUGAAGAAUUUAGUUUUUAUAUUUUACAUUGUCACAUCUCCGGUUCGUCUCUCCGCACCUUCUCGAGUAACGACCUGUCUAACAUUGGAAAAUAAUAAUCAAAAAAGCAACAAACAAGCAAUGUUAUUUAAGUAACAAUGGGGCGAAAGAAACCAUUCUAAAUUUCAUUUUAUUCAUCAAUAUUUCGUUUAUGCACAGUUGUCACUCAGUUUCAAGAGAAGAAAUGCAGUGCAUUUUCUGUUAAGUCAAGGUUUUUUUUUAGGUAAAACCAUAUGCUCCUGGUAAAACGUAGUCUGUUUGCCCAUGUUACUCAAGUGAUUUUGAUUGCUUUGUAUCCUUUUUGAAUUAUCCUUUCAGAAAAAAUGCAAGAUCUACGCGAAGCAAACUCGACAAGCCGAACCUCAGAAUUAGAAAGACAGUUGAGGGAUUUUCAGCAACGUGAAGAAAAUUUCCAGAGGCAGUUAAGAGAUACACAACAACGCGAAGAGAAUUUACAAAGACAGUUCAGAGACCUUCAGGAACGGGAACAGAGCGCUCAAAGGCAGCUUACGGAGUCGCAGCAGCGUGAACAAAAUUUGCAGCGGCAACUCAGAGAGCUUCAAGAACAGGAACAAAAUUCUCAAAGGCAGCUAACGGAGUCUCAGCAACGUGAACAAAAUUCUCAGGGACAGUUGAGAAAUUGCCAAGAACAAGUUUCUGAACUACAGUUAAGUCUUUCAACAGCUCAGCUAACAAUAAAUGAAUUUCGCAGCCAGGAAACACGUGACUGGGUUAUUACCCGCGACGAAAUUCAAAUCACAGAUAAAUGCCUUGGGAGGGGAGGAUGGGGAAGUGUCAAUGAGGGAACGUAUUGUGGCUGUACUGUAGCAGUGAAACAAAUCCAUGAGUUGAUUCUUUCUCCGCAUAACAUUAAUCUGUUUGAGAGAGAAAUGAAUAUCGCAGCAAAAUGCCGCCAUCCUCACUUACUACAGUUUAUCGGCGCCACAAAAGAUGAGGGAACUCCUCUGUUUGUAACCGAGCUGAUGGAGAAAAGUCUGCGCACUUUGUUGGAUCAGCGGCAACUCUCCGAGACAGAAAUAUGCACCAUUUCUCUGGAUGUAGCACGUGCCCUGAACUACCUUCAUCAGAAGAAACCAGAGCCUAUCAUUCAUCGUGACGUCAGCAGUGCAAAUGUGUUGCUAUGGCGACAAGGUGAGGAAUGGAGAGGCAAAGUGUCAGAUUAUGGCACCGCUAAUUUCAUUCAGCAGACCAUGACAGUGGCUCCUGGAGCUAUGAUUUACAGCGCACCUGAAGCACUUACAUCAAAGCAAACAGUCAAGGUUAGUUUUCAUUAAAAAAAUGCAGGAUUCAAGGCUGUCUAAGUAACACCUUGUAAACACCAAGUGGGCUAGCAAUCAUCCAAAGGUUGGUGAUCGAGAAUUUCAAAGACUGCUGAAUUUACAAAUGUGCAGCAAUGCUAAUAUUGUCACAAGUGUUUGGUUUGAACCAGUCAUAAAACUGUUACGGCUCCGACAACAUUUGUAAAGAAAUACUCGAGUUUUCACAGGUCGCAGGUGCCUUUGGCCUUGCAAAAACUCUAGUUUUCUUUGCCACAGUUAUCGGUGCCGCCCAACUUUUUUCAGGACUGGUCCCGACCCAGUUUUUCUGUAGAGUAAACGCGCGUCUUGUGACCCUUGCCAUUCCCAAAUCCACGUUGGGGCCUACGGAAGAAACAGCGGCGUGUAUGCCUGGCUAGUUUUAGCGCUUAUAAUGUUCCUGUGCUUUGAAUUUCGUCGGCUGUCAUUAGUAGAAUGGAAAGAAGGGGUUACAGAGUUAUACAGUGUUGGGCCAUUUUCACGAUGAGGUCAUUUGACUACCAACGACCAACUGCUAUUUUACUUGAAUUUGUCAAUCCUGCUAAGGUUUAAAAAAACUAUAGCCCUUACUUGCUCGCCCCGCCCCGUCCCGUCCUAUCGUGUUCCUCUACCAGCUCUCGCGAGCGCCCACGGCAUUUUCGCGCGCUCAAAUACUUCCCUCUUCCACGCUUCUUAGUUUUUAGUCCGGUAAACCUUUAUUGCGUUUAGUCAUUAUAACAUGUAGGUAUUAGUAGAAACAACAAGACGCGUAAAGGUGUUUUAAUUUCUUUUUCCCCCACUACAGAGCCUGGUCCUAGGCUAGCUGUGUACAAACAUAGAGUACUAACCAGAGUAUAAAAGAAUUAUGGAAAUUAUCAGUUCACCACUUUUAUAUUGCCCGUAAUGUACCUCGUUCAACCUUUCUCCUCAAACACACACACACAAAUUAAAUUUUGCGUAAGAAUUGUUUAAACUUUGUCUUGGAGGGGAUAUUACUUUCUUCGGGUAGAAGGCGAAAACAGUGCUUAUCCAAAAUGUUUUGGGGUAAACAAGGUGCAUUGUAAUAUAGCUGGAAAUGUUUUUCCCAACAGCGCGCGUUAUCAUUGAUUACUUUGAGGUCACAUGACAUCGAACAAAGAAACUGUUUCCCGCCAAACUGAAUAUCUGAGCGGGCAACAUUGCAAAAUCUAGGAUGUCAGAGCGUAACAGUGCAGUGUUACCCGCGAAUGUUGACCGACGACCACCGUUACAGCGAGGAUUAAUGAAUUUCUAGCUUCAAAAUCUCCAGCCUCGGGAAACAAACUUACCUGCCCCCCUCGGGACUAGUCAUUAAGUUUUUAUUAUGGAUAAUGUGACAAUGGCGAAUAUGUGUUCUGUCAUCAAGUUUGGACAAAUUACUGCUUAAGAACGCUUAUUCUGUUCGAAAUUCUAUCAUAUCUCCAAAUGGAACUCAUUGUUUAUCCCUAACGUAAAUUUUCUGGCUUGUCUCAGCUGACUCAGCUCGGCUACGGUGCACAACUGUCCCGGAUAUUGUCAGUGCAAUGAAAAUCCAGCCUCUCUGGACUUUAACCGUAGUUAACCACAGACAUCCCAGGGAAAGAAUAUUGACUUACUCAAAUGAUGUAUUGUUGUUAGGUUGAUGUUUUCAGCUUUGGUGUUCUUCUUUGUGAAAUGUGCAUCCGACAACUUCCAGAUCCUCGAAGGCGUGAAGAACAAUUGGUGCUUGUAACAAAUGGCGCGUUCCGUGGCCUGGUACGGCGAUGCCUGCAGAUGGAGCCUAGGGCGAGACCAACCAUGCAGGAAAUAAUCGAUGAACUGAAGGAAUAAAUGCAACUACUUAACUGUAAAAUCAACGGUAUGCAAUGGGAUUGAUUAAUCGCAAUUUGUAAGAACUCUCCGCAAAAAAAUUAAUAGCAAAAAUAGCAACAGUUUUCCCUGAACUUUUUUUGCUGAAUGUUUGGACAUGAAUUAGGUUUAAGUAAUUCCGGUUGUAAUAGCCUGAUAACGGCGACUAUAUACGCGAGCGCUUACAUAGCCCUUAGUUUGCUGCAGUGAAGAAUGCAAUUAGGACGUGAUGAUUUGUAUUGAGAAAUGCACUUUUUAUAGACGUCAGGUAUUGCUAGUAAAGAGCUAGUGCUUAAAAACUUACGGUGAGGUAAUUAUAUAUAGUGGAGAAUACAAUUUUUAUUAGACAUUUGUAGUAGACAAAUGUUAGCAGUUAAAUUUCCAAUUUACAUAGCUUUACGAAGUAAUUAGGUAUUUGUUUUAAAGUAUAAAUGUUCAAUAAACAUAUAGUAAGCACAUUCAGUAAAAAAUUACUUUGUAAGUAGGUGAAGCAAGAUCGUCUGGGUGAGCGUAGUCAAUAAAUUGGAUUCGUUGUUGUUUAUAUUGACUGACGUUUCGAUAACCGGCGCUUCAGUCAUCUUCCGAGUCAAUGAGAGGAGUACGUUCACCCGGAUGAUCAUGCUUCAUCUACUUAUGAGAUGACAUCGAUCACCGAUCAAUUUUUAUGAUAAUUAGGUAUUUUUGUGGAGAAUUUUUAUUGUUAUCAAUUUUGUGUAUUUGUACUUCAGAGACAAAUAACGUUAAAGUUAGACAAUUUCUUGUUAGUUACACGUGUAUUUUCUAUAAUGCAGUUUUUAUGCAUAGAAGUCGAUUUUUUGGAACAAAAGAAUAAAUUACACAGUGACCAGUAGCUAGGUAUACGUAGUGAAGAGUAAAAUUUUCAUAAGUUGUUAGGUAUUUGUUGUUAACGGAGUAAUCGAGUUUUUGUCGGUAGUGAAGAAUACAACUUAAAUGUAAAAAGUGUAGAAUUUCAUCGUAAAAAAGUUGCCUAUUUGUCGUCUUUGUGAAGGA